AUGGGGAAUCUUCAGGUGCUGCUGUUUGCAACCCUGGUCUUGACAGCCCUCUUCUGUUGUGAUGGAGGUAAGGGAAUAUAUAUGAGACCCCCCUAGCCAUGAUUUUUUCAUCAACAUUCAAAACUGACGGAGUCCUGGGGAGAGGAGGACAACCUAUCUCAGUCUUACGUUUUAGGAACAGAAUCACUUUCCUCAAAGCCACUUUAAACCUGGCAGUGUGGUUGCCAUUAGGAACACAUCAGCAUGGAAGUCCCACUCCUAUAAAACUGAGGUUCAGGCCAAUUUAUUAGCCACAGCAUAGAAGCAGGCAGAGAGGGGCUCACAUAGCUUGGUGUUUUUGUGUGUGGCCACCACAGUGCUAGAAUAAUGGGUGAAGUGGACUUCCAAUUAAGAUUGUCAAAUUUACAUCGUAUCUUUAUAUUGGUUUGAUACCAGUUACACUGUUAUGGCUUCCUCACCCCUCAUGAACCCUGGAAAAUGUAGUUUAGUGAGGGGACUGGGAAUUACCUUGCCACUUUGUAAGCAAUUCUGGAAGCCAAUUAUUAUUAUUAUUAUUAUUAUUAUUAUUAUUAUUAUUAUUAUUAUUCUGCAGAGGAGGAUAAGAAUGUUUUAAACAAAUAAAUUAUCCGAGGAUAGGUAUAUUACUCACAAAUUGCUCAAAUACAUAUAUGAGAACCCAUAAACACUGACAUGUGUGUAAGUCCUCCCCUUUGAAUAAUUCCUGGAUAAUACAGAAGCAAGCCUGAGUUAAGGGUUAUUUUCCUCAGUUUACACUUGACUGAUGGGGGAAAUAGGGGUGGAAAGGAAGGGAGGAGGAAGACCACAAGACUGCCAGGUGUCUUACACCAUCUGGUCUAUAUUUUUCAGAUAUGAACAGGCCCUUGGAUGAAGGUAAGAAACUGACGAGAGCAAAAAACUCUCAAGGGCGUCUCUGUCCUUUUUUGUACACAAUACUUGGUUGGAGGACUGCAUUGCAAAAUUCAGAGAAAUGUGAAUUUUGAAGGGCAGCGGAAUGGAGGAUAGAGGGAUGUGUGAAUGUGUGUAGAAAUGAGCCUAGGGUGCAAAAGUAAAAUUAGCAUUUAUUGCUCUACCCACUUUUGCCUCUGGCUCUGCCCAUCACUGGGAUGCGGCCUCUGGAAGAUUGCCCAACAGAGAAUGUGGCCCCUGGACUGGAAAAGGUUCCCCACUCCUAGCUCAGGAUCUUGGCUUGCCCUUUCCAUCCUUCUGGGCUUGCUAAAAGUUCAUUAGGGAAAAGCCUCUUCUGGCUCUCUUGAAGUCCCCGCUGGCCUCACACAUGGAGGCAGAUUAUGAUGAAUAAUAUUGCUUUGAGGCUCGCAUUCCCCAGAGAGGCAAAUAAAAUGGAGGGUGUUUACAAGGAAGCCUGUGUUUUCUGGCACCGUUUAAAGUGAUUUUAUUUUAUUUCUUUUUUUAUUAAAAAAAUUAGGUGCCAUAAGAUACCUGGCAUGAGCUCAAUUUCCUAAUUAUUCCCCCAGUGAAUAAGCCCCCUGUUAGCAAGGCAGCUGGAUACUUCCUUGCCUGUUAGUCUGGCUAAAAGACUGAGAAAGAAACCUCGGGAAAGGUUGCCAUGUUAGUCUGCUGAAGCAAAGACAGCAGAAAUGUCUUUUGGUCACAUCCAGACCACGCAUUUAAAGCACAUGUCUCCUCUCAAAGUUUCCUGGGAAUUGUAGUUUUCUCCUCAUGGAGCUACAAUUCCCAGGAUUCUUUCCACGUGCUUUAAACGUAUGGUGUGUGGAUGCGACCGAUUGUGACAUAAGUUCUCCUGGCUUAGAAGCCUCUUUGUCAGAUACCACCUGAUGAACGUCCGCAAGCGCUUCAGCUGCACUAGGCCUGCUAGUCUUUUGAGCCCUGAAGUUGAAGUUGCUGCAAGAUUCUUUGCUGUUUUAGGAAAGAAACCACAGACAACUCAAAGCACCAUUGAAUUAAACGAAAAAAUUGACCAAUGGCUUUGAGAAAUCUGCAAACUCCAAAUGAUAUCCUGCUAAUCUAUAAUAGCAAGAUCACACAAACUGCGGAGGGGCACUACUGGUUCAUGAUGAGUACUCAUAGGCAACUAACAGCUUCGUUUCCAGAACUGAUGGGAAAUCUUCCAUUCAUAAGCCACUACCUGAGACGUGUGAGAGGUAUUGUGGCACAAAUGAUGAGCUGGAUGGGCAGCAAAAGGCUGCUCUGGGGCCGGCCCUGCCAUUAGGGAGAAUGAGGUGGCCAUCACAGGCAGCUGGUUUUGGGUGUCAUGGAAGGGCAGCAAAUUGUCAGUUGUUUCCUUUAUGAUUGCUGCAAUUAUACUACCAGGGAGGGGUGGGUUUUUUGCCUCAGGUGCCAAAAUAACUUGACUGAUCUUGGGUGCAAAAUGGCAUGAGUUGAGGCAGGAAAGGCAUAAUUUGCUGCUCUGCCUCAGGCAGCAGAAUGUCUCGGGCUGGUCCUGGGCAAUAUUUCAAAUGAAACCCCACAGUUAUCUAAACCAGGUGUCUUCAACCUCUUUCGGACCCAGGACCCACUUUUAUCCCAAACAUGCAUUUGGGAACCCAUUAAUCUUUUACCAUAUAUUUGCAUGGUGGUCAUUGUUAUGUACUGAAGUUCUCACCCUGGGCCAGCAGGGGGAUACUGUAGAUAGUUUUAUGCAAAUAAGGGAUCGAAAGUGACGUUCAGUGAUUGGAUAGUUUUAGAAAGUUGUUACAGUAACGUUGUACUGGAGCUCUAUAUAAGCAGGUUGGCUGAACCCUUCAGUUCAGUUCUGUUCUGGCCUGUGAAUAAACAAGAGCUGUUUGAAGAAUCGCUGUGUCAUCUGAUAUGUUCACCCACAACUUAACAGUGGUCCUCCUGUUGUGACCCACCCUGGAUCAGGCCAUGACCCACCAGUUGAAGACCAGUGAGCAUUCCUAUAGAGGAGCAGGGAACCUCAGGUCCAGGGGCCUAAUGUCCCCCCCCGAAUAUGUCUACAUGGCCUUCCCCAGCCCCACCUCCUUUUCCAAGGCCACAUUCCUACGGAUCCUGUUUCUCACCCUCCUUGAAUGUUUUUGCCUGUCUAAAAUGAGACUCCUUGAACUCGAUACUCUCUGUUUUCUCAUUCCGUAACAUUCUGCGUUCAUAACAGGGGUUAAGAUCAGUCGAGAAACUGCCAGUGCCUUUGUGAGAAGGCAGAAGAGGUCUUCUCUGUAUUAUGAAAGGUAAGAGUAAGAGUCUUCUGGGUUUAAUAUUGAUGUCUAUAAUUACUAAUUUGUGGUUGUAGCCAACCGAGUUACACUCAGAGUAGACCUACUGAAAUCAGUAGACUUGGCUAACUGAAGUUCAUUUAUUUCAGUGGGUUUUACUCUGAGUAUACCUCCGUUGGGUACAAUACUUGGAAAAUAGAUGCACAUGGUUCAUGAGGGGGGAAUGAGAUAUGAGCCUAUGCGGGGCCACUAGGGGGCGCAUCGGAAGAUGGCUGACAAUAACAUCUCUCCGACCCACAUGAGGUAAUUUGGAGGCUAUGAUGGGGGUAAUUAGCCUCCUUAACCCCUCCAGGAUUGUGGGGGGGACGGCCCUUGCCUGCUGUGCCCUAUACCACCCCGAAUUUGUGGGGAUGGGGGCACUAGGCACAAAGCCCUCCUGUGGGAUUCCGGCACUCCUCGAAGCCGUCUCUGAUCCGCGCCACUAGUUUGCAAGAAUCUUCAAAAGAAACAAUUUGGACGAGAUAAAUUGCACAUACUUCAAGGAAAGAGGGGAGUAAAGACUGCUGACAGAAGAGAUCUCUGAUAAAACAAGACAAGAAUAAGAUAUGAGAAGAUACGUCAAGAUACGGUACGGCAAAUGACUGAGGGGAGGGGGAAAAACUCUCUUUUAUUUCUCUAUGUGAUUAAACAAGAAUCCCCUCCCAUAAAGAGUCAGAAAUGUCGUUUUAAGGACUUAAGUUGUGGAUUUAAGGCUGUGUGGAGAUAAAUUUUCGAACCAAAGCAAUGUUCCAAGACGAAGCUGGAAAUUUAAGAGUUUCGGAAUGACGCAGUUAAAAAUGCCGUCGCCAUUUUGGGAGGCACUGUCGGAGCUCUUGAGUCUGGGAGGAGAAGAAACAGAGUUGUUUACAUAUCGUGUUCCAACUCCUCGGUGGGAUUUAAGAGUGACAACUGCCUAAUUUAUGAUGGAAAGAGCGAUGUUAUCUACGAAGGAGAUGAUUUAUGGAAACCAUCUGGACUUAGAUUGGAAGAACGGGAAAUUCACACAGGAUUAUUAUAUUUGCUUAUCGGCUUAAGGAGACUAACAGAAGAGAUCGUAAAGGAAAAAGAAAAAUUAUAUGAACAAGAUAUGAUGUGGAAACACCAAGAUAAGAUUGGAUAGAACUAUGAACUCUGUUUGGACUGAUUAGGACUGAUUUGGACAUUAAUGCAGUAAUAAGAAGAUGAUUUGAAUCCCCUUUGGAUCUUGAAGUAUGGGUUCCCCCAACAAAAUUUAAAAAUUUGGCUUUGUAAUUUGGAAUUUAUGUGAUGUGAUUUAAUUUGAUGUGAUUGGCCAGUUAAUAAAAAUUAUUAAAAAAAAAAAAAAAAAAAGAGAUAUGAGCCUAUGCAACACCACAGGGUCACUAACAAGGGACUGCAGCAGAUUCUUACAGAAAACAAGUGGGCCCCUCUUUCUUCAAGAAGCCCCAGGAAAGGGGGUAGUGGUGUGGGGAGAGUCCCAAUAGACUUGAAGCUCUGAGGGGUAAACUACAGUUUCUUUUUUGUGUGUGUAUGGGAAUGUGCUUUAAAUGUAUGGUUGGUGCAUAGCCUAAUUCACCAAUUGUAUACAGUGGUACCUCAGGUUACAUACGCUUCAGGUUACAUACGCUUCAGGUUACAGACUCCACUAAUCCAGAAAUAGUUAAGUUCAGGUUAAGAACUUUGCUUCAGGAUGAGAACAGAAAUCGUGCUCCGGCGGUGCAGCAGCAGCAGGAGGCCCCAUUAGCUAAAGUGGUGCUUCAGGUUAAGAACAGUUUCAAGCUAAGUAUGGACCUCUGGAACGAGCUAAGUACUUAACCUGAGGUACCACUGUACAUUGUGGAUAAAGUGAAAUGGAGUGCCCAGUACUGAACUGGGUUCUCGGGAAACUGGCUUCAUGCUGUGCAGCCUGAACCGAAGAAUUUGCAUGAGGGAACGCCUCAUGUCUGUGGCUUCUUCCUCCCUCUGUUCUCCAGGUACUACGAAAGGUUCAAAACCCCAAUGGAGAUGAAGCAAGAGCAGUGUGAAAGCCACCCCCUCUGCGACUACUACUCGGAAGUAGUGGGAUUCCAGACAGCCUACCGCUAUUUCUUUGGAAACUGA